AGAAAAUGCGUUAUUCUUUUGAAAUUUAAGAAUAUUGAAGUAAGUCAUGUGUAAAAAAACGCAUUAAAUGUAAUUUUUAUUGCACUGAACACUGCAACGAGUGUCAAGUAUUGCCGUUGAUCUCUUAAUAGUUAAAUCUUAUCCAAGGUAGUUGGUAUACAAUAUCAAAGACGAAGAGAGAGAGAGAGAGAGAAAAAGAGACUGAAAGAUAGAGAAGGGAUACAAAUGUGCGUGCAUGCGCGAGAGAGAAAGAGAGAAAGCGAGUGAGAGUUUAUUUAGCAUUUCCAUAUCCAUAGUUUCCGUCGAUUCUCUUAUUUUUGUUUAAUUUUGUUUCUUCUCUCCUCGUAUCUAUCCCCUCCCGCGACAUGUUCAGGCUACUCUGUCGGAAGAAGCCAAAGAAGUAUACAACAGCUUGGUGGAGACGCCGACAAUGGAGAGCCCCGGAGACACGAACCCGUUGCGCAUGUUACGCUCUGGAUUACCUAUAGUGAGGCCUAGAAUUCGAGGAAACAAGCAUGCCACUCUAGCUCAUCCGAUGUCGUCGGAGGAUGCGUCCAGUGAACAUACUUUCCAUGUCGAGAUGCAUCAUAGCGGUGCAAAGACUCUGCCUAAGGUUCGUGCAUCUCCUCCGCUUCACACCAUCCUGUCUCUGCCACAAUCGCGCAUUCUCGAGAGACAUCACUCCACUUUGGAAAUAGAGAACAAUCAGAAUCAGAGUAAUGUCGACGAGAAUCCGAUACCCUUGCCACCCAGAGAUCGCUCCAAAACUCUUCAGCCCAAGUCCAGCUUGCCGCGACAUCAGAGGAAACAUCCCUUGAUUAUACCUGGAGGCGGUGUCACUAGAACACUGGCUAAAAUGGCAGUGACCACAUCGACUAUGGAGGAUCAAGUAGAUGGGCAUUUUACGUUACAAAACGUCAAUUCACCGAUUGCUGGGACCUCGUUACAGGAUAAUUAUUCCCCAGAAGAUUCUAUUAAUGGCCCAGAAGAAUUCGAGCAACGCAUAGAUUUUGAGCUAGCCGCGCUGGAUUCUUUACCCACCGAGGAAAGCCGAUUUCGACGAUGUAGCGUGAUUUCGGAAGAUUUAUUGGAAUUUUCGGACAAUUUAAUCGACUGUAGCGACGUAUCAGAUUUGCAUCAAAAUGUUUCGGAAACGAACAAUGAUGAGCAAUCAAGCAAUUCAUUGGUUGACAAUUUACGCAAGAAAGUUAGCGUUGAGUCAAAAUCCACGAAAAAUUCCGCGUCCAAGAUACAAGAAAAUGUAGAAGCGGAUUUAAGACGAAAUCCAACAUCAACUAAUUCUGUAAAACCGAAAGAUUGGAGUAAAAUGGAUUCCUUGCCAGCUGGAACGCAACUUCCUAUAAUACAUCAACAUACUUUACUAAACUAUACACCACAAACGAAUCACGCGUAUGCAGAAGAAAUUUCUUCCAAGUUUGAAACUGUUCAAUGCGAGGAACCAUUAAUAUAUAUUAGUUCGAACGAUGAUUUCCAUCCGACCCCUCUUUCGAAAGUCUAUCUCUUAUCUAACGAAAAGACAUCAAGUCAUGUGAGUGACUUAUCACGACAGUCGGAUCAUGUCUCUUGCGAAGAUUUGUUAGAGUUCGCCUGCGAUGGACCGAACACACGAAGAACGCGUGGACCCCACAACGGAGAACAGUCUGACGAGGUGCGAAUCAUGAUGAAAGUGCUGCACGAGCAGUCAACCCCGGAAUCCUGUAUUGCCGCAUUAAACGUCACCGAGUGGGACGUUCUGGCAGCAAUCAAACUGGAGCGGCUUCAAGGGCUUCUGAAAAAAGAAAACAAUUUCGUUGGCCUCGAAGACUGCAAAGUGAUGCUGAACCAGUGCGGUGGUGACGUCGUUAAAGCGGCCGCGCUAUUGCGAAGUACGGAAGAUACUGCCGCGGUUUAGAGUGAUUUCGACCAAUUAUCGUAAAAAGCAAUAAUUUAUAGAGAAUAUAUGAGGAUUGAUUAGAUAAUUUUAAGAUUAUACCUUUAUAUCUGAUUCUAUCUGAUUCUAUUUAUUGGUAUUGGAAACAUUUUUCUUUUCGAAAUAUCUUUUCUUUUGCAAUCUUGCAAUUUAAAAAAUAUAUUUUUUUAUUUUUCUAAGCUAAAAUAUUAAUAUUAAUAAUAUUAAUUUAAAAACAAAUUUUUAUUCUUUGAUUACUAAUAUUUAUUUUCUAUGAGUAUACAAAUUACAUUAAUAUAAAUUAUAAUAGUAUUAAUAAAACAUCUUUUUUUAUUGGAACUAUUGCUAACAUCUGGCUGACUGUAGUUAAUAGCUGGGAAAUAUGUAUUGUUCACGAAUAUACACAUGUAUAGUAUAAUUAUAAAUUUUACAGAUAGGUAAAUUUUUUUCGAGUCAUUUGCUUGUAUGCUUGUUCCUAAUAACUUCCUAACGACAAUCGCUAUUGUUAUGUCGUUAUACAAAUAUAACUCUCUUAUACAUUAUAUUUUAAUAUACAUUAUAAGAGUGCAACCAAUAUAGUAGAUCAAAUAAAAAGUAUGAUAGAUAGUUUUACACAACAGAAAGAUCUAUCUAUAAAACUAUCUAUCUAUUUAUCUGCUUAUCUAUUUAGCCGCCUAUUUAUCUAUCUAUUUAUCUAGGAAAAUACGAAAAAAAAGAAAGAACACGUGUGUCUAUUAAAACUUCUUAAUUUUAUAUAAGAGGUAUAAACUUAAAACUUUUAAAUUAAUCUUCACGUAUUUAUAAGAAAAGUAUAAAUUUUUAAAAUUAGUUCCAUUAAAGGAAAUAUUUGUACUUGACAAACUUGGCUAUAGAAAUGGAAAUAUGGGAUGGAAAUAUGUUUAGAAAAAAUCAUUUUAAUUGUUUGAAUAUGUAUAUAGGAACAUUUAGUAUGAGCUUUAAAUUUGACUGAAGAAAGAACUAAUAAUAUCAGGUUGGAUUGAGUUAUAUACAUUUUAUAUAUAUUUGCUUAACAGUAACUAAUACAAAGAGAAACAAAGAGAGUAAGAUAGAAGGAGAAAGAGAGAUCCUUGACAAAUUUUUAUAAAAUUGUCUUUAUAUGUAGAAGUGUAGAUGAAGUAAACAGAUAUGUGUGUUUUUGACAUAUGCUUUAUAUUAUCUACAAAGUUUGCAAGAUUAAACAAUAAUUAGUAUUAAUACAUCUGUCAAAUAUUAACAAGAUAAACUAGUUUUUUGUUAAACUGGAUAAGUGAAGCAAUGUCGAUUGUAUCUUUUUUACACGUGAAUGCAAUGUGAUAAUUUGCACAAUAAGGAUUAAAAAUCUAUAAUUAAAUGACAAAAAUGUAGUCAAUACAUUUUUUUAUGUGGAAAUGUUUAUAAAACUAUGUAUUAUAUAUAUUUGUGUGUGUGUGUUUGCGUGUGUGGUGAAGUUAGGGCUAUGACCAUAAAUUUUUACAGAUCUGAAUAAUGCUUAUAUAAAUUUAUUAUGAUUUAUGUUAUAAAAUAUAGAUUUAUCUACUUUU